AUGCGGCCCCCCAAGAGCGCCGCGGCGCCCCCGGCGUCCCUGACGAGCCCCAAGUCCUGCGCCACCAAGCGGCAGCGGAAGGCGGCGGCAGCGGCGCCGCUGGGCGACGUCACCAACCUCCUCGUCGUCGCUGAGACCCCGACCCCGAGCAAGCCCAGGAGGACCGCACGCCGUGCCCUCCCCGCGCCGCCCUCCGUCGUCUCCGCGGUCUCCUCCGCCUGCUCCUCCUCCGCCUCCGUCACGCCCGCGCCCAAGCCUUCCGCCGCCGCCUCGGCCACGCCCGUGCCCAAGCCUUCCUCCGCCGCCUCGGUCACGCCCGCGCCCAAGCCUUCCUCCGCUGCCGUCCUCGAGGAGGAGCGCAGCGUGCUCAAAUCGCCGGCCAUCUCCACAGUUCACCGCAGGACCACCGAGGCUCAGGGGAGGUGGAGGAGGAACCCCGCCGCCGCCAACAGCAAGGGCAAGGAACCUGUUGCUGCCACGGCGAGGUGCCCGCCUCUUUGGAAAUCUGCAAGGACCAACAGCAGGAAAAAGGAUACUCGGCCCAUCUCUGCAUCAGCUCCUUGUCAUGAAGGUAAAAAGAAGCGGCCCAUUGCGAGCACACCCAACUUACUAGAGGACCUUUUGGAGAAGCAGAGAGCGUACUUUGCAGACAUCGACGCCUUUGAGCUGGUAGAGGAAGAGGCGUCGGAAUCCGAGCUGGAGUAA